AUGAGUGCAUAUGCUGCUCUUAAAUCUGGUGAAGCUUUAACACAUCUUACCUCAUCAUCAGAAGAGACAGCAGGCAGUAAUGAAGAUUUAGAUGAUGAGAUUUUAAAAUAUACGAAGGGGUCAGAUGAUGAAAAGGAGGAUAAUGUUGAAGACAAUGAGAAUGGACUGGAAAAUACAGAUGAUACUAAUUCAAAUGAAAAUUGGAAUUUUAAGAUGAAUGAUACUAAGCAAAAAUACUCAAACCCGGAUCAGACUGGAGUGAAGUUAUACCAACAUCAGAAUUUAGUUCUCAAUUCAAAUUUUUCACCCAGUAUCGAUAACCUUUCUUUCCAUACCGACUAUGUGUACGUAACAUUAUGUGAGGCGGAGCACAUACUUAUCAAUGGCCAGUUUAAGAUGGAAGUUCUCGAGGGUUCUGUUUUGCUCAAUAAUUGUUUUACUUUGAAUUCGAAACUGAAUAAAAUUUAUCAAUUUCAAUCAUCCCAAACACAAGCUAUUCCAAUGAUAUCGUAUCUAACAACGGAAUUAGAUGACAAGAAGAACAUUUCAAUAGUUAAAAUAACGAAUUUUGAAAAUGGUCUUGAAAAACUAAAUAGAAUUUAUCCCUUUGCAUCGACAGCUCAAAAUGAGCAGAAAAGUGUGUUCGAAAAGUAUACAUUUGAAUUAGUUUUGCAUGAAAAUGACAAUCAAUUUAACGGUCUUUAUAUUCCCGAGCUGUGGUCUGACAAUUUCAAAUUUAUUGCCUCCUCUGCACCAAGUAGUGUUAUGGUAAUUGGUAACAAAAAUACGGGGAAAUCUACUUAUUCAAAGGUUUUGAUGGACUAUUUACUCGUUCACAAAAGAAAAUCGGUGGUAUUGAUUGAUAUAGAUCCUGGACAGUCUGAACAAUCAUCUCCUUAUUGCAUGUCAUUAACAAAUCAUACGACCGCCAGCUUCAUUGAGCAAGACAUCGAUCAAAAUAAAGUUGAAUAUUACUAUGGAUUUUCUAGCCCUAUGGAUUCACCUUCUAGAUUUUUGAAUAUUGUGCAGAGAUUGUACAAUCAUUAUCUAAUGCAUUUUCUGAAAACUGGCACGAUGGUGAUAGUAAAUACACCUGGUUGGGUCAAGGGGUGUGGAAAAGAAUUACUUUUGAAAGUUUCGAAUAUAAUUUGCCCAUCAAACCUAAUUCUUUUGACAAAUAAUUUAUCUACUGAGUACGAGGAAAAUCAAAAUAUUUUGUGUGGAUUAAGAUUUGAAAGGUUGAAUUUGGUAAACGGGAUUUUUUCAAACCAAAUAGUAUCCGCAAGUGAAAUACGGUGCAUUCACAAAUUGAUGUAUUUCCAUAAAGUUUCUGGUCAUGAGUACGACUUCACGUCGCGUAUUUUAGAUUUCUCCCCAACUAAAUUGAGUUAUUGUACAAAAGAAAAUGAGGUUGGAAUAAAUGCAUUGUCAAUUUUGAAUUAUGAAUUAAAAUUUAAUGGAGAUCUAACGACUACAAGAUUCCUUAUUGAGUCAAUGAUUUGGAGUAUACAUAUCAUUGAGGCAAAAAAAAUUAAAAUACCCCAUAUUAUCCAAUCAGGUGGUUUACCAAUGCUCUUGAGUGCGGAACACGCCAAUUCGAUAAUCAAUGAAGAAGAAUCUAAGUUUUUAGGGCUACUGAUAGUUCACAGUUUGAAUAAUAAAGACCAGUAUCUAAAUAUUUAUGCUCCGCCUAAUGUCACAGCCAAACUUCAGAAGUAUUUGAACUCGGAUUUUAAAAUAUUAUUCAUUCGUGGAGAGGGAAAUUUGCCUUCACCUGAGGUAUUGCAUCCGAAUUUUUUACACGAGAACUCUUCAGCGACGAAAAAAUAUGUACCAUAUUUAAGCUUUAAGGUGAAACCCAAAGUUGGAGGUAUUUGGAAAGUUAGGAGAAACAUUAUUAGAAAAAGUCAGAGAUGA